AUGAUAUGUAUAUUUACUCUAUUCUAUCUUGUUUAUCGUGAGUAUGGUAUACUACGUGAUGCCGAAGAUCUUCAAUGUCAAUAUCAAUCGACAAUCACUGGUGAUCGUAUAGUUUUCGAUAAUACAUCAGAAUUUAUUCAUCAUUAUUCGGAAUUUAUUUGUCCACAAAACUUUCGAAAUCUAGCUGAUUGGAUAUAUGGUUGGCCUGAGGGUGUAUUCAAUGAAAUUUUUGAUAUUUUAAAUAUAAGUAGUGCAAGUAUAAGAAAUCUUCCAGCUGGAAGCAUUAUUUACGUUAAAACUGAUCGUCUUUCAUCAUUUUUUACUGAAGUUUAUCCAUAUUUAAGAAAUAAAUUUGUAUUAAUUACCGGUCAAGGAGGCACUCAAACACCAGGUGAGCAUAUUCGUUAUCUUGAAGAGCGUCAUUCAAAAAUUAUUCAUUGGUUUGCUCAAAAUGGAGAUAUUGAUGCUACGAAAAAUGAACGUUUCACACAUAUACCAGUUGGUAUUAAUUGCUUUGAAAUGGCAGAAGGCAUUCGAGGUGUUCAUCGACAAUAUCCAAAACAUAUUCUUCCAUCUGUCAGCAGUAACAAUCCUGAUGAACCACCUCAUUACAUACAACCACUUGAUGUUACACAAAGUGUGUUAACAAAUAAUAUUCAAUUAGAUAAACUAGUUCUUGUUAAUUUUUCUCCUGAUACUGAUCCAACUGGUGUACGAAGAAAACUUCAUAAAGAUUUAUGCAAAAAUAAUCAAAGUUCAUUUGCUAUUUGUUAUGAUAAACCUGGUGGAGUGAAUAUUUCAAGUUUACCUACUAUUUAUAGACGAAAUCGACAGUAUCCAUUAUGGGUGUCACCUCGUGGUACUGGAAUUGAUUGUCAUCGAACAUGGGAAGCAUUAUAUCUUGAUAUUAUUCCUAUUGUUUGGCAUUCAACACUUGAUUCAUUAUAUACAAAUCUACCAGUUAUUAUUAUCAAGGAUUGGAGUGAGGUGAAUGAAGAAUUUCUUCGAAAUAAACUUCAUGAAAUAGCAACGAA